GGUGGUGGUGGUGGUGUCGUCAAGCUUAGCACCACGACGACGAUAACAGUCACCGAGCCGAUGUCAGCGAGUUCGUAUCCUGGAGAUGAGGAGCUGCCGGGAGCGGAAAAUCAUCAGAUAGCGAAACGGCCGAGCUCUGGAGAAGGAGAGGGGAAAGGGGCAGGAGAAGAAGAGGAAGAGGAAGAGGAAGAAGAAGAGGAAGAGGAAGAGGAAGAGGAGGAAGAAGAAGAAGAAGAAGAAGAAGAGGAAGUUGGGGAACUGGGCAAGGACGAGCAGACGUUACGCGAGGAGGUCAAGGUCAUCGACUCCUCGCCGUCGUCGUCCUCUUCAUCCUCGACGAGCACCGGGACGACGACGGUCCUAUCCACCACGCAGUUACCACCACCCACUCGGGACAACUCUAUGGAAGCACUGAGUACGAGCAAUUACGUAGUGUCAGCGGUGCUCGUUUUGAUAGUUGGUGCGGUGUUAACGAUAUUGGCAACGGUAUCGCAUCAUCUUCAUCAUCGUCGGCUCGAACCAUUAAACGAGUCGAAUUCUGCUUCGAUUUUGCAUCACCAUCAACACCUUCAUCAUCAUCAUCAUCAUCUUCAUCAUCAUCAUCAUCAUCACCAUCAACAUCAUCAGCCACAACCACAACAACAGCAACAACAAUUGCAACAAUUGCAACAGCAACAUCGACGUCGUCAUCAAGAAGAUCGUGAAAAUCCCGCGCCGGUGUUGCAUCAGCAACAUUCCUUGCUGCAGGAUCAUCACUUUCAUCCUGGAACGCAAAUGCUAUCGAUGGGUUCGGCAUUGGACGUUCGUAGAGGCGGAAGAGAAGGUGAAGUUGGUGGACGCGGGGGUGGGCGCAGAGACGGGGGAAGUGGCGAGACAACGAACGGAACAACAUUGGCCCGUGGUGUUCGAAUAGCAACUGCAACAGUUCGCGGACAUAGUUACGUCCUUCAGCAAGAAGCAAUGGUAGCUGCAGCUAGGGACAGGGCGAUUAGGACCGGUAGCGUCAGGCAAGAUCUCGCCCUUAAUUUACCUCCACGAUUGGAACUUCCAGAUGGCGAGGAACGCCCUUACGGGGCCCAAACCAACAUACAUCUUCGUGACCCCUUGCAGGAAAGCGAGAUCUACCAAAAGUGCAUACGGCCGCCACCAAACCGGACUAUCUUCGAUAGCGAGAGUCCACCCCCUUAUCGUAGUCAAUCAGGACCAUUGGAGCCACCCGAACAGAGGGUACGCUCGCAUAGCGCGGGUAGCUCAUUGCUGAAAAUGUUUCGAAAGUUUCCAAGUUCUGGUAGUAAUAAUACAACAACAACAACAUCGUCAUCUUCGUCGUCGUCGUCCUCGUCAACGUCAUCAACGUCAUCAACUUCAUCAACUUCAUCAACUUCAUCGUCAUCGUCAUCGUCAUCUUCAACGUCAACGUCGUCAACGUCAACGUCAUCAACGUCAACGUCAUCAACGUCAUCAACGUCUACGUCUACGUCUACGUCUACGACGGUGUCAUUGUCUCAACAAUCUACCCCACAAACCCCACCGAAAAAGUCCACCCUGUCGAGUUAUUCCGAAUCCAGUAGCAACCUCAGUAAUCUGUCCACAUUGACGGUGGUGCCCUGUGAAACGGACGAGAGUCAACAUAGGCAAAAACGCGUUUGAUCCGAGGCCAGUAGUAGUGGUGGUUAUGGUGGUAAUGAUGGUGGCGGUGAUGGUGGUGGUGGUGGUUCUGGUUGUGGUGAUUGUAGUGGAUCCUUGUGGCGAAGGAAGAGGCGAGCGUUCCUUUCUUUGAAGAAAAAAAAAAAGAAGAAGAAGAAAAAACUAAAAAAGACCAAGACGAAGAAGAA